CCCCCCCGGGGCCCCCCCGGACCCCCGACCCCCGGCUCGGUCAAACCCAGGCACCCCGAAACUCGGAGAAGCCCCAAAACCAGGACUGGCAGAACCCCAGAGAACCAGAGACCCCAAAACCCAGAGAACCAGAGACCCCAAAACCCAGAGAACUGGAGCCCAGAGACCCCAAAACCAGAGCCCAGAGACCCCAAAACCCGGAGAACUGGAGCCCAGAGACCCCAAAACCAGAGCCCAGAGACCCCAAAACCGGAGCCCAGAGACCCCAAAACCUGCAGAGCCGGAGCCCAGAGACCCCAAAACCCGGAGAACUGGAGCCCAGAGACCCCAAAACCGGAGCCCAGAGACCCCAAAACCUGCAGAGCCGGAGCCCAGAGACCCCAAAACCUGCAGAGUCGGAGCCCAGAAUUCCUGAGAGCUGCAGCCAGGACAGCAGAGACCCCGAGCCCUGAAAGCCAGAGAGAUCCCAGAGCCCCGGGAGCCCCCAGCCCGUCCCGGGGGGCAGGACCCACAUCCAGGGGGAGGGUCCCUCACCCCAGACCGAGCAGUGGCAUGUGGCAGGUGUGACCCUCCCCACCUGUGCCAGGUCACCAUGGAGCCGUGCCCGGGGCAGCCCCAGGAGGCCCUGCUGACGGUCAACGAGCAGGUUAUUGUCAUGUCCAGCCAUGAGACCAUCCGGGUGCUGGAGGUGGGGGUGGAUGGGGACCCCAAAACGGCCGGGGAGGGAGCGGGGGGGUCCCCGGCACAGGGGGGCCCCCCAGGUGUGGAGGACGCUCCCGCCAGCACCCCGAGCUCGUCCGGCGGGGAGGCGGCAGGUAAAGCCAAAGCAGCGUCGCCCACCCCGCUCCCCUCGAGCCCCGCCCCGAGCCAGCCCGGCGUGACGCACCUGGCCGUGCAGGCCACCCCACAGGUGUUGGCUCAGGAAAGCUUAGCCACAGGUGUGACAGGAGUAAUGGUUCCGGCAGGGACAGUUACUCAACCUCUUCUUAUCCCCAUCAGUAUUGCAGGUCAGGUGACAGGCCAGCAGGCGCUGGCCCUGGUGACAAUUCCCACAGCAACGCUCGCCGCGCUCCCGGGACUGACGCCGGCGGCACCCGCGGGGGCGAUUUUCAAACCGCCCGUAGCCAAUCUCACAGCCGCCGCCGUGCUCAGCCCCGCCAUCCCGGCCGUCCCGGCGGUCCCGGCGCCGCGGCCGCCCCCGCCGCCCCCGGGGCAGCCCCCGCUGCUGCCCCAGCCCCCCCCGGCGCCCACCCCCCCAAAGGACCCCCCGAUGUCCGUCCAGCCCCAGAUCACCGGACUGGCCUUUAACCCCGGCAUACUCACGGCGGCUCUGGGGGCGCAGCCACAGAUCCUGGGGUCCCUCAGUGCCCCCCCCGUGAUCGCCAACCCCCUCCCCAGCGUCCAGGGGAUCCCGGGGCAGCUCCUGACCAACACCCAGGGCCAGGUGAUCGGGACCCUGCCGUGGGUCGUGGCCCCCCCCGGGGUGGCCGCGGCCGCCCCCGCGCCGGCCCCGCCCAGCCUGCAGGUGACACCGGUGACACCGCAGCUGCUGCUCAACGCGCAGGGCCAGGUCAUCGCCACGCUGGCCACGGGGGCCACGCUGGCCACGGGGGCCACGCUGGCCACCGCCCCCCCCGCUCCGGCCCCCGGCAAGAAAAACGGGCCAGCCGAGCCCCCCAUCAAGAGCGAGGUCCAGCCCAUCCAGCCGGCCCCGGCCGGGGUGGGGACGAGCCCCACGCCCGUGGCCAAGGUGUCGCCGUCCCCGGUGCCCAUCACCUGCUCCGAGACCCCCACCGUGAGCCAGCUGGUGUCCAAGCCCCCCGCCCCGCCCAGCGCCGAGGAGGACGGGAUCAACCUGGAGGAAAUCCGGGAAUUCGCCAAGAACUUCAAACUGCGGCGCCUCUCGCUGGGGCUGACCCAGACCCAGGUGGGGCAGGCCCUGACGGCCACCGAGGGCCCUGCCUACAGCCAGUCAGCCAUCUGCAGGUUCGAGAAGCUGGACAUCACGCCCAAGAGCGCGCAGAAGCUGAAGCCGGUGCUGGAGAAGUGGCUGCGGGAGGCGGAGCAGCGGCAGCGCGAGGGGCAGCAGCACCUGCUGGAGUUCGUGGGGGGCGAGCCGGGCAAGAAGCGCAAGCGGCGCACGUCCUUCACCCCGCAGGCGCUGGAGGCGCUCAACGCGCACUUCGAGCGCAACGCGCUGCCCACGGGCGCCGAGAUCACGCGCAUCGCGCAGGAGCUGCGCUACGAGCGCGAGGUGGUGCGAGUGUGGUUCUGCAACCGCCGCCAGACCCUCAAGAACACCAGCAAGCUCAACGUGUUCCACGUGCCCUGAGGGGCGGCGCCCCGGCCCUGCCCCCCGGCUCUGCCCCCCGGCUCUGCCCCCCGGCCGGAGCUGUGCCCGCCUCCAGCGGCUCCCAGCGCCCCCGGGCCCCGUGCCCCCCCCGGCCUCCAGCCGCCAGCACUUUGGGCACUGCUCUGGCCCUCUGCCACCUGGUUCCACCACCGCGCCUGUACCUGUGUCCACCAUGCCCCUACCUGUGUCCAGCACACCUGUGCCUGUGUAACCACGCCUGUACCUGUGUCCAGCACACCUGUGCCUGUGUAAGCACACCUGUACUUGUGUCCACCACACCUGUGCCUGUGUAAGCACACCUGUACUUGUGUCCACCACACCUGUACCUGUGUAAGCACACCUGUACUUGUGUCCAGCACACCUGUACCUGUGUAAGCACACCUGUACUUGUGUCCAGCACACCUGUACCUGUGUAAGCACACCUGUACUUGUAUCCACCACACCUGUACCUGUGUAACCACGCCUGUACCUGUGUCCAGCACACCUGUGCCUGUGUAAGCACACCUGUACCCGUGUCCACCAUGCCCCUACCUGUGUCCAUCACACCUGUGCCCGUGUCCAGCACACCUGUACCCGUGUCCACACCUGUACCUGUGUAACCACACCUGUACCUGUGUCCACCACGUCUGUACCCGUGUCCACCAUGCCCCUACCUGUGUCCAUCACACCUGUGCCUGUGUCCAGCAAACCUGUGCCUGUGUAACCAUACCUGUACUCGUAUCCACCACCCCUGUACCUGUGUCCACCAUGCCCCUACCUGUGUCCACCACCCCUGUGCCCGUGUCCAACAUUCAACGUCUUCCACACGUUCUCAGCUGGGAGCACUGGGAACAUCCCAGUUCCCGGUCACAGUCCCCCGUGACCGCCUGCCAUCAGCACUUCGGCCACUGAUUUUGUCCCUUUGGCCACUGAUUUUGUCCCUUCGGCCACUGAUUUUGUCCCUUUGGCCACCCCUUUGUCCCUCCAGCCCUGUGCCCAUACCUGUGCCCUCCCCCCCGUGCCCUUUGGUGCACUGAACUGGGAGCACUGGGAAUCCCCUCUGUGUGUCCCACCAGUCACAGCCCCUUGACCUCCAGCCAUCAGCAUUUUGGCCACUGCUUUUGUCCCUUUGGCCACGGAUUUUGUCCCUCUGCCCCCGUGCCUGUACCUGUGCCCACCUGUGCCUGUGUGUGUCCCCCGUUCCCUCCUCUCACACACGACCCGAGCGGUUGAUGUCACCCCUCCCCACCUGUGACACACGUGGUGACAGACCCCCCCCCCCGAGUGUCACACACCCACCCAAAAGCAGCGAGUUCCAUUUCCCCGGGUUUUGCUCUUUUUGCUGUGUUACUGAGGCGAUGUUACGGCUCACCAGGGGUGACCCCAAAUUUAUGUCACCCCCGCGCUGGAUUUGCGGUCCCUCACCUCGUGAGGGGCUUCUGGGGGCGAUCCCCCACCUUGGGGAGGUCCCGUGGGUGGAUUUUGGGGACAUCACCCCGGGUUUGGGGGGCGUGAACCCCAAGGCAGAGGCGGCGCCCCCUCCCCACCUCCCCCUGCCCGGGGGGCUCCGGCCCCGCGGGGAGCGAUGGGAGGGGAGCUUUGGGGGGGACACGGGGGCGCCCGCCGGGGCCGCGGCAGACUGAUGCACUUGAUGUAGUGGUGUGAAAUAAACAGUAUUUUUCUUUUU